UCAUUACUAUUCAGGACUGGCAUCAUCGUCUUACACCUGCUACCAGAGAUCUCAUCAUCUGGCCAACUUCUGGCAAACUUCAGCAGCUUCCUUUGCUUAUUUUUAAAAUAGUAUAUCAUCAGCAGAUAUGAGGAUACUUGGCCAGAUUACUUUCUUGCUUUUGCUGCGGGAGAACUUGUGUAGGAAUACAAAAGUUCAGACCACCAAGAAAUCCUCACAAGGGAACCAAGCAGCGAAUGGCAUCCAGGUGUUACCCGAGGCUGUUCUCUCUGCUGCGAGUAUUUCAAAUAAUCGAGCUACUGGAGGUACCACUGGAAGCGAAUCUACCAGGGAUGAUGCUGACGAAAUGAGGCUGCACUUUCUUAAGAACCCGCACGUUACAUGUAAUGAUGGAACACCAGCUGGAUUUUACCUAAAAGAGAUCAGAGGAAGCCGCAGAUGGCUGUUAUUUCUGGAAGGCGGCUGGUGCUGCUACAGUAAAGAGACCUGUGAUUCCAGAUACCAAAAUAUCCCCAGACUAAUGAGCUCAUCUGGUUGGCCCCUCACAAAAAGUGGACAUGGCAUACUGUCAACUCAAGUAGCAGAGAAUCCUUAUUGGCACAACACAAAUAUUGUAGUCAUCCCAUACUGCUCCAGUGAUGUUUGGAGUGGCACUGGGCCUGCUUUGAGUCCUCCUCCUCCAAAACAACGACUAGGGAGGGAGAAAGAACAGAAUAGAAAUGCAAAUGCAAAUGCAACCGAGUAUGCUUUCAUGGGAUCUCUCAUCAUCCGAGAGGUCAUCAAAGACCUUAUUCCCAAAGGAAUCAAGCAGGCCAAGGUUGUUUUGUUGUCUGGCGCAAGUGCCGGGGGUACAGGAGUCUUGCUGAAUAUUGAGAGAGUGGCUAAUUAUCUGCAGCAACUUGGUGCAGAGGCACAGGUCCGAGGUCUGGUGGACUCUGGCUGGUUUCUCGAAAGUAAACACCAGAGAUCACCGAAUUGUCCCGAAACAGUUACCUGCUCACCUGAAGACGCUAUCAAGGUCGGCCUAAGGUUGUGGAAUGGUGUGGUGCCUGAUAGGUGUCGCCGCCUCUACAAGAAAGGGGAGGAGUGGCAGUGCUUCUUUGGAUAUAAACUGUAUUCUACAUUGACCUCCCCUCUAUUUGUUGUCCAGUGGCUGUUUGAUGAGGAACAGUUGAGGGUGGAGAACAUCUACAUUGGAGGACAGCACAUGAGCAAUGAACAGUGGCAGUAUGUUCAGAACCUCGGCAGAGAGUUGAAAAACUCCUUGAGAGACGUCACAGCGGUAUUUGCUCCUUCCUGCCUCUCUCAUACAGUGAUUACCAAAAGCAACUGGAUGACUUUCCAAGUUCGAGGCACUUCUCUCCCACGGGCCCUGCACUGCUGGGAUAGGAGCUUGGAAGCCACUCGUAACAACAGAACUCCAGCCAAAGGCUGUCCAUUCCACCUGGUUGAUGGUUGCCAUUGGCCUCAGUGUAAUCCAACCUGCCCCAUCUUGGUGGACCAGGCAACCCAACAGGAGCUCACCUUGCUCCAGAUGUUGGCAGCCAUGGGCCUUGACCUUCGGAAGCUGGGCUUAAAUCCUAAAAGAGAUGGAGAUGUCCUUACAGGCAUGGGCAGCAAUGGUGGCUAACAUUAAAAGUACAAACGAGAGGCAUAGUGAGAUGUUAAAUUAGUAAAAAGAAAGAAAGAAACAAACACAAACAUCUGUCAUGCCAGUAUAUGCCGCAUGUCGACCUUUAGACCUCAGUCUCAAAGUUUUUCCACCUCAUUUUCUCCUUUAAAUUAGUACAGAACAGGGUAAGUGUUUCAAGUUCUAUCAAUGGGCAGACAAAACAAGCUUUGAAUGAGUAUGGUGGAAGUGAGUGUCAACAUUUUGUACUUUUUUUUUUUUUUUUACUAUCAUGGCAUAGAGUGUUUGUGUAUCCAUCCAUCCGUUUUCUGAGCCACUUAUCCUCAGAAGGGUCGCGGGAGUGCUGGAGCCUAACUUGGGGCAUGAGGUGGGGCACACCCUGAAAUGGUUUCAAACCAAUCGCAGGGCACAUAGAGACAGACAACAUUUGAACUGACAAUCACACCCAGGGCAAUUUAGAGUCUCCAAUCAAUGCAUGUUUUUGGGAUGUGGAAGGAAAUCGGAGUGCCCGGAGAAAACCCACGCAGGCACGGGGAGAACAUGCAAACUCCACAUAGGGGGAUGCUGGGAUUUGAACCGCAGUCCUCAGAAUUGUAAGGCCAACACCCUAAUCAGACGCUCCACUGUUCCAUAUAUCUAAUCCUCCAAUCUACCGGUUAUUGUUUGAUUUAGCAUAGAUGAUAUUUAAAAUCUAUCGAACGGACAUAAAAU